AUGUUGAAGUUCAUAAAAUUUUUUUUCGUUUACCUGAUUUUAACAAACGCUAAGAAGGUCUGUUGUACGAAUGAGAGAUACCGGUUCCCUUUGUUUUUAAAUGGUUCCACAACGUUUGGUGCAAGAAGAAAGAGCCAAAGUUGUGUUGGAAAAAUAACUCCCUUAUAUUUGAGGAAAAGGCUGAACCCUAACGACAAGUACACAGUAAUCAAAAGACAUGAAGCAAAAGUACAGAGAAAUUUAAAGAGGAAGUAUCUGAUUGAAAGAUACAAGGAAAAAAGAGAGUUACUAAAAAAAUACAUAGCAGAGGCGUCCUCCCCUAUUGAAUAUGUUUACUGGAAAUACAAGUUGUCUUCUCUUCCCAGGGACUCGUGCCCUGUGAGGUUCCGGAACAGGUGUGCCAUCACAGGCAGGGCUCGCGGAUAUUACACCUUCUUCGGCCUGUGCAGACACCAAGCUCGUGCUCUCAUACAGAAAUUGUUCUUCCCUGGUUUUGUCAAGGCAUGUUGGUAG